ACCUUUACGCAACAACAGCUAGUCAGCCAUCUCGGAAACCAAGAAUAGCUGAAAAAUUAAAGCUCUCUAUACGCCUUCUGGUAUAUUAGCCACGGUGUUUGGACACAUUUAUGUCAUCUAGUUAGUUAUCCCAAUUAAUUUCAUAUUUACGUUGUUGUUAUUAGUCAGCUAGCGGGCUCGUUAAGUUAGCAUUAGCCUAGCUAGCUAACAUCUCCGACCAUGAGUUCACUAAGCUACUCUCCUCCUGAUAAAGAAGGGGGGGUCUGCUGGACGGAGAAAGAAGCUCUCGUCAAAGAGGAGGAGGAAGAGGAGGCUGUUACAGUAAAACAAGAAGUAGAGGAUGAGGCUGUUACAGUGAAAGAAGAAGAGAAAGACGUUUCAGUGAAAGAAGAGGAAGACGCGUUCAGAGUGAAAGAGGAAGAGGGGGAUGUUACAGUAAAAGAAGAAGAGAAAGACGUUUCAGUGAAAGAAGGGGAUGAUGUUACUGUAAAAGAAGAGGAGGACGAGAAAGAGGAGGAUAUCACAGUAAAAGAAGAGGAAGAGGAGAUGAAAGUUUCAGUGAAAGAAGAGGAGGACGCGUUCCGAGUGAAAGACGAGGAGGAUGUUACAGUGAAGGAAGAGGAGGAUACCGUUUUUGUUGUGAAGGAGGAAGGAGAGAUAACUGUCACAUUGGAGGAGGAAGAGGAGCUUGGAGAACUGAUUAACACCAGAGAGACAUGUGACAAUCGUGGAUCCUCUGGGGAGCCUCAACGACAUCAUGAUGCUGACGAGGCAGAGAAGAGUCUCUCCACAUCAGAACACCUCAAGAAACACCAGCGGAGACCCACAAGGAAGAGAACUCACUGCUGCUCUGACUGUGGGAAAGGUUACAAAUAUUCAUCAGCUCUUAAAAAACACCAGAGAUUCCACACUGAAGAGACAAUAUACCACUGCUCAGACUGUGGGAGGAGGUUUACUUCCUCAGUCGGAAUGCAAUUACAUCAGAGAACCCACACCGGAGAGAAACCAUACCACUGCUCAGAUUGUGGGAUGGGUUUUACAACCUCGUGUAGACUGGUAUCACAUCAGAGAAUCCACACCGGAGAGAAACCAUACCACUGCUCUGACUGUGGGAUGAGUUUUACUACCUCAGGUGGAAUGAUAUCACACCAGAGAGUACACACUGAGAAGAGUUUUGCUGCCCGGACAGCCCUGGCUACACACAAACGAAUCCACACUAGGGAGAAACCGUUUCAUUGCUCCGACUGUGAAAUGAGCUAUAUUACCUUCAGCGGCCUGAAAACACACCAGUCUAAACAUACCGGAGAGAAACCGUAUAGCUGUGAUGUAUGUGGGGAUAGUUUUUCUCUCUCCACAACCCUAUCUAUCCAUAAACGAACACACACAGGUGAGAAACCUUACCACUGCUCUGACUGUGGAAUUAGCUUUUCUGCCUCAAGCGGCCUGAGAAGACACCAGAGGAAACAUACAGGAGAGAAGCCUUAUCGCUGUGAUCAGUGUGGGAAGAGCUUUCUUCGAGCAGAUUCCCUGGCAAAACACAAGGCAAGAACCACAGAGUGUGGAAUGAUCUCCCAACACCAGACCUGAGUAGUAGAACACAGAGUAGAAUGAUCUCCAACACCAGACCUGAGUAGUAGAACACUGUGUGGAAUGAUUUAUUUGUGACUUUUGAUGUGUUUGUGUUCAACUUGUUUCACAUUAAUGUAUUUAAAAAUCCUACCACUUUUGAUUGAUCGAAUGUCAAAUGAUCACAUUUUUAAUUUUGUAAAUGAUGGAACAUUAAUAGAGAAUGUUCUAGGAGCAUCAGGACAAUAAAUGUGAUGUUUGGAGACCCUAGAAGCUUUCACAUUCCAGAUGUUGCUGUAUAUACCCUGGGACCCUGACCCAGGUACCCUGACCCAGGGACCCUAACCCUGGGACCCUAAUCCUGGGACCCUAACCCUGGGAUUGAGUCUUAUUUUCCAGAACCCUAACCCUGGGACCCUGACCCUGAGACCCUGACCCUGGGACCCUGACCCUGGGACCCUGACCCUGGGACCCUAACCCUGGGACCCUAACCCUGGAACACUAACCCUGGGACCCUAACCCUGAGACCCUGACCCUGGGACCCUGACCCUAACCCUAACCCUGGGAUUGAGUCUUAUUUUCCAGAACCCUAACCCUGGGACCCUGACCCUGGGACCCUGACCCUAACCCUGACCCUGGUACCCUAACCCUGGGAUUGAGUCUUAUUUUCCAGAACCCUAACCCUGAGACCCUGACCCUGGGACCCUAACCCUGAGACCCUAACCCUGAGACCCUGACCCUGGGACCCUGACCCUGGGACCCUGACCCUGGGACCCUGACCCUAACCCUAACCCUGGGACCCUAACCCUGGGACCCUAACCCUGAGAUUGAGUCUUAUUUUCCAGAACCCUAACCCUGAGACCCUGACCCUGGGACCCUAACCCUGGGACCCUAACCCUGGGACCCUGACCCUGGGACCCUAACCCUGGGACCCUGACCCUGGGACCCUAACCCUGGGACCCUAACCCUAACCCUGAGACCCUAACCCUGGGACCCUAACCCAGGGACCCUAACCCAGGGACCCUAACCCUGGGACCCUAACCCAGGGACCCUAACCCAGGGACCCUAACCCUGGAACACUAACCCUGGGACCCUAACCCUGGGACCCUGAGACCCUAACCCUGGGACCCUGACCCUGGAACACUAACCCUGGGACCCUAACCCUGGGAUUGAGUCUUAUUUUCCAGAACCCUGACCCUGGGACCCUGACCCUGGGACCCUGACCCUGAGACCCUAACCCUGGGACCCUGACCCUGAGACCCUAACCCUGAGACCCUAACCCUGAGACCCUAACCCUGAGACCCUGACCCUGGGACCCUGACCCUGGGACCCUGACCCAGGGACCCUAACCCAGGGACCCUAACCCUGGGACCCUAACCCUGAGAUUGAGUCUUGUUUUCCAGAACCCUAACCCUGGGACCCUGACCCUGGGACCCUAACCCUGGGACCCUGACCCUGGGACCCUAACCCAGGGACCCUAACCCUGAGACCCUAACCCUGAGACCCUAACCCUGAGACCCUGGGACCCUAACCCAGGGACCCUGACCCUGGGACCCUAACCCAGGGACCCUAACCCUGGGACCCUAACCCUGAGAUUGUGUCUUACUUUCCAAUGGGGACAAUGACACAUUUAAAUGCCAAACACACACCAGAAUGUCUUUCCAAUAAGUGUUGAGUGUUCCUGACUGGUCCAGUCUCAGUCCUGACUUAUAUCUACCUGAACAGGUGUACAUAGUGAAGAGGUGUUGAGUGUUCCUGACUGGUCCCGUCUCAGUCCUGACUACCUGAACAGGUUUACAUAGUGAAGAGGUGUUGAGUGUUCCUGACUGGUCCCGUCUCAGUCCUGACUACCUGAACAGGUUUACAUAGUGAAGAGGUGUUGAGUGUUCCUGACUGGUCCCGUCUCAGUCCUGACUUAUAUCUACCUGAACAGGUGUACAUAGUGAAGAGGUGUUGAGUGUUCCUGACUGGUCCCGUCUCAGUCCUGACUACCUGAACAGGUGUACAUAGUGAAGAGGUGUUGAGUGUUCCUGACUGGUCCAGUCUCAGUCCUGACUUAUAUCUACCUGAACAGGUUUACAUAGUGAAGAGGUGUUGAGUGUUCCUGACUGGUCCCGUCUCAGUCCUGACUACCUGAACAGGUUUACAUAGUGAAGAGGUGUUGAGUGUUCCUGACUGGUCCCGUCUCAGUCCUGACUUAUAUCUACCUGAACAGGUUUACAUAGUGAAGAGGUGUUGAGUGUUCCUGACUGGUCCCGUCUCAGUCCUGAUUUAUAUCUACCUGAAAAUCAGAGACCUGGUGUUGGAUUCUGGGUAAACUCUGGCCAUUGUUAUACGCAAAAGCAUAGAAAAUACAGGAGUGGAAGAGACUGGAUUUUAUAUCAGAGGUUAAUGGUUCUCUGUAGAAAGACAGAUGGCUGUGGAAUGUGUUGGCUGAACGGGAGGAGAUCACAGGAUUGCUUUCGGGGAAGCGGAUGGACAUCUGUGGAUUAGGCGAAAAGAGGGGUUGAGGUCAGGUCAGAUCCCCUGAAGGGAGAAAUUAUGGUUCAUUAUCCUAUUAGCCUCUUCCUGUCGAACCAGAAGAUGUAAGGAUUGGAGAGGACUGUCCCAAGUGGUGUGUAUAUAUACUUGUGAUGAUGGAAACAUGUUUUUGUCUGAAUUACAGCUGUAACGAACCUUUUGGGAAGAAUUAAACUUGGUUAAGCUUC